UAACUUCUUUUGCAAGACAACAUGCAGUCAGUCUACCAGGGAUGUGGGUUGAAGCAGCCUCUGAUAUCUGCAGAAAGAGGCAAGAUAGUUCUGAAAAUACACUCAACUUGGAUACUCUUAAACAGGCUCCAGACAUACAGUUCAAGCCCAUAUCAUGGAGGACAUUCUUUAAGAAGUGGCGUUACCCAGACCAGGAAAUUGACCAAACAAUCUACGACAUCCUUUCCUUCUUGGCCCACCGUGGAGACAUCAUCUGGUUUGAGACAAGUCCCUUGCUAAAACAGACAAUAUUUCACAAGCAAGAGAUCCUUGCAAAUCUUCUCAAGGCAAUCCUUAAUCAUGACAUGGAUGCUACCAUCAAGACCCUGCAAGAUUCACUUACAAUAACAGCACCCAAAAAAUGUGAAAUAAUUGAAGAUCUUAGAGUUAGGGGAAUGGUUUCGGAAGAAGCCAUGUUGUGUUUAUGGCAGCCUUUCAAUCUCAGUACUGGAGAAGUAGAUGCCAUGACAGAACUCAUGCAGAAACUGGAGCUGUGCUAUCAAGUCCAGGAAGAUGAAUCUCUUCCAUCCAAUACCUUAUUCCACUUUCCAUGGCUCCUCACUGAAGAAAGACAACCUGAGCUAGACACCAAAUGGCCCAGCAAGGUUCCCCCAGAUACCACGCAACUUACCCUGCAGGUUCUCUUUCCAUAUAGAUGUCCAGAUGGCUUAUAUGAGAAAUUUUCUGUCCGUCAGCAUAGAUAUCUUGGAUUCUAUAGGACCAAGCGUGUUGACUGGAAACAUGGGGUGUAUGCAGAACUACAUGGUUGUAAAAUGCAGCUAUCUCAUCAUCAGAGUCAGCCACAUCUUAAUACAGCCAGCAAUGCCACUGACUGGGGCAUCACCAUAUCUGUGCGUGGACAAAACCUCCCAGACUUAUGGAGACCACUCAUACGUGCCCAUGGUGACCUCAUGGACAUCAUUAAAGAGGACUGGCCUGGGCUGUCAUAUGAUAAGUACCUGGUGUGCCCCCACUGUGUGAGUAAGGGACUUGAAGACCCAACACUCUUUUUUGGGGAGAUGAUAGACCAGCCUUCAACCACUGCCAGGAGAUCAGCAAAAGUGCCAUGUCAAAAAUCUGGUGAAGAAAUCGAUGCAGAUUUGGUUUUCCCCCCAUCAUGGAAAACAGUUCUGCAGCAGAACCAGGACAUUCUGGCAGAAAACAUCACAGAACCUUGUCUCAAACACAUGCUGAAUGUUUUCCUCCAAGAAGACAUUAUCACUGACCAUGAAUAUGAAUGGGUGAAGCCAGAGCUCCCUCAACACCAAACCUCAACUACCAGGGUAGUAUGUCCAGAGAAAACUGCCAUCUUCCUGGACAUUCUAACCAGGAAACCUGUCAGGGCACAUGAAACAUUGUGUCAAUGUCUUCAGGAACAAGGACAGACUGAUCUUCUUGAACUGAUCCAGUAAGGGAGCUAAAUACUUUCCUAGACAAACAAAACAUUCCUCAAAAUUCACAGGAUUAAAAGGACAAAACAUUUACUUUAUCAAAUGAAUACCUUAGGGAAAAUGUGCAAAAUGAGCUAGCUGAUGUCCUCCUUUAAUAGACCAAAUGACUGUAUGGAGUCCCUACCUGCGGCAGUCGUGUCAUGUAGUUGGUUCGAAUUUUAAUGUAUUUUCAGAAAAUUUUUGACACUGUCAAACACUCAUUCAAUGCUAACUGAAUACAUCUCAGUAUAAGUGGGAAAUAUUACUGACAUGAGAAACAAUUAAGAAAUCUUGUUAAAUGGCCUACAACAGCUGCAAUAAUUUGAGUAAAAGUACAGCCAAAUCUGUAUAUAAAAAUGAUUGUAUAUAUAGGCACAACCAAAGGACUGUGAAAAAGAUUUAAUACAAGAACUUCCAAUGAAUGCACAGAUUUUAUAUGAAAAUACAAUUUCCUUCAUGAAAGUCACACCAUGAAGAAGUGCAAGAAGUGUACAUUUGCAUGUUAAAGAUGUUUAUAUUUUCAGAGGACUUAAACUUGUUACAAUAAAAUCCAAUUUAUCCCAUAUUUAGAA